AACCAAAACCGCGAGAGAAGAACGAAGAAGAGCAAAGGGAAAAAGAAGAAGAAGAAGGUCGUGAAUGUCCCCGUCUCGUCCAAUCAACGAGCAACGUGUAUCACGCAGACGGUUCACAGGUCAGGGGUGACGCAGGAAAGAGGAAGAUGGCGGCGGUUACGCUGCAGUGUUUGCAGGGCUGAAUCAGAUUUAGCAGGUGCAUAUUAGUGCACUGCCGACUCGACCGUUGCCCUUCGGGCCUUGACGACAGAAUAAGGACACUAAUGGCUCUGGUUUACGGCAUGUUAUGGCGGCUUUUGCUUGUUCUGGUCCACGUCAACAGAGCGCUCGUCUCCUGGCUCCGUGCGCGGCUUCGGAGCUGGAAGGGCCGGCUGUGGGAGCGGGCUGUGGCCGCUCUUCUCCUGCCGGUAGCUCUGGCCGGGUUCUCGGACCGCCAGAAGAAGUCCCACCGUAACCCUGACGCUAACCCGCUGGCUGGGAACCGCACUGCCAGUCGCCGUAGUCGGUGGUUGUCCGACGGCAGAUCUUUGGAGAAACUGCCGGUCCACAUCGGCCUCCUGGUGGCGGAAGAAGAGCUUAGCUACACGGACAUAGCGAACCUAGUGGUGUGGUGCAUGGCGGUGGGCAUAUCUUAUGUCAGCGUCUACGACCAUCAGGGUAUUUUUCGGAAGAAUAACUCUCGUCUUGUGGAAGAAAUAGUGACACUGCAGCAGGACUUGUUGGGUGCAGAGGGCUCUAAACACAACGUGGAGUUCAUUAGUAACGGCAGUGACAAACAGCACCAAGUGUUGUCCUGUAGGCCUGUAGUAAAGGUGCUGUCUCCAGAGGACGGGAAGCAGAGCAUCGUCCAGGUAGCUCAGCAGCUCUGUCGCUCUGUAGAAAACAAGGAGAGGAGCUCCAAAGACAUCAGCGUCUCCAUGCUGGACGUACUGCUCAGAGAGUCUAAGAAUAUUCCCGAUCCUGAGCUGGUGGUGAAGUUCGGCCCAGUGGACAGCACGCUGGGCUUCCUUCCCUGGCACAUCAGACUCACUGAAUUCAUCUUUCUGCCUUCCCACAAAAGUGUGUCCUAUGAGGACUUCAUGGCGGCACUGCAACGCUACAGUGCCUGUCAGCAGCGGCUUGGCCAGUGAUGUAUGGGAGUUGACAAAGGAGAGUGUGGACAAGUAGAGGCCCCUCUGUCCCCCACUGCUUCCAUACCCAUCUGCGUGCAUCUCCUGGAUGUCUAACAGACUGCUGAUGAGGGCCAGCCAACAGAUCUCGUGCUAUAAUAAGUCACAUUCCUAGGACUCACGGAAGCCAAGGGAAAACACAGACAUGAGAAGACUGUCCACACAGACUCUGUCCUCUGAGCCUCUGGCCCACGGUUUGUCAUUCAAUCUUCAGCUGCUCCUUCCCACUGAAGACUGAGAAAAUGACUCGCCUUGACUCAAAUGACAACACAGAAGAAACAAGGCUUUGUGUCCAUCUACGCAAGGCAUCCCGAGUAACAGAGCUUAACUUUAGGGGAGAAGCUUGACUGCUGCAAGAGCUGAACAAUGAAAGUUGAGUUUAGGGUCAGAGCAGUUGAUGUGUGAAUACAAGAAUUCUCUGUUUUUGCCCCUGUGGCCUCCAGCUUGCAGUCCCGUGUUUGUGUGUUGUGCUGCUACAGAGACAUCCAGAGCUCUGGUUAAUAAAAAUCGCUAUCAGACAUAAAAGCUCUGAUAGGAAAAAGCACAGAUCAGACAUCAGACACAUUUCUAGACCCUCUUUCCCACUGGUCCCACUUGUAUUGUAGGAAAGUGGCCCAGAUUAUAGAUGUCUUAAUAAGACACUGUGAGCUUUGCCCCUCCUGAUUCUGAUUCUGUCAGUGGGUCUCAAUCUAACUGCCACAUCCUGAAGGGUCAUCAGCACCUCCAUUAAUGGUUUUAACAAAGACAUCGGUGUUGUUAGUUUGUCUGAACUAUUGUAAACAAUAAAAUGUGACUCGUCUGACAACAGUUUAUCUUUACAAAAGCAGUGGCACCUAAAAGUUUGUGAACUCUUUGUUUCAACGUGAGUGUUUCUGCUGAAGUCGUGAGAACAGAUAAAAUAACUCAGUUUUAGGAAUGACAUGUACACACAUAUUCAUUGUGGAAGAUGGUUUAAUGUUUGAAUAACCUAAGCAGCAUUUUUAUAGGACAAAGUCUGAGUCAUCAUCAACUUUGUGUUUGGUCGUGCUGCUCCUAAGUAGAUCCAAAUCCUAAAGCUGAUAUUCUUCCAAUGGACGUCUGGCUCACUGUUUGUCUUCUGCACAUUAAUUAGCCACUGCGACAGAGGCUUAAGUUUCCAAGUAAUGAUUGACUAGCUUUGAGUAAGAUGUAGCUUCGCAGACUAAAUUCUCCUUCAAAUGGAUUUACGAUUUUAGAGGUUCACACCCAUUUGCUCAGAUACAUUUUAAGUGUGCAUGAUGUCUUUCAUUAUGGCUCUAAGCAGGUAUUGUUUGAGUUUUCUGCAUAUCUCUAAUGUAUUAGAGAAAAGAAGGGGUUCACAAAGUUUCAUGUGUCUCUGUUACUGGUUUUAUUUAAACUGCUCACGUGGUAGAUAGAAAGGUUAUGUACCACUGGUCUCCAGUGGAAGCAUGGAUGGGUGAGAGUUGAUUGCUCAUCCCUGGAGAGCAUAACACAGAGCCUGAUAUGUGAAGGUGAUGCAGUAACUAGUUGUCAGGGUGCAGCUGGGUCUUCACUGGUUAUAGGUCACAAUUGUUGAAAAUUUAUCUGAACUGUCGCCUGCGGAGCAGUGGGCAGCCACAGUGCAAGGGGAGCUAAUGGGAAGUGUCUUGCUUAAGGUGCCAGAGGCAGGGAUCGAACCAGAGACCUUCUGUUUCUCAGGCCGAUGCUCAGCUCAUCCAUCUACCAGGCCAGUGACCGUUGAGCACCACGGGGCACGUCACCAUCAUCUGGUGAUGUCACUGGACGGACAUGUCUAGAAAGCUGAAUGUCUCACUGCAACGUACAAAAGCCUGCAACAACAAACGGUUCCAUUCCACCGGAUCUUCACAUGUGUCAGCGAGUGCACACUCGCUGCUCAUGGACCUGAUUGGUGUCAUUAAAUGUUACCGACAGAA